AUGGAGCGUCAGACGAAGCGCACCGGAGUGGAGAGGGGGAUAGAGACUUCUUCUUGGAGGCCUUCUUGGAAGUCCAAGGAGGCACGGGGAUGGUGGGCUGGACCCAAAGAAGGUCCUCACGCGCGGGUGCCCGGCAAAGCGCCCGGCAAAGUGCCCGGCAAAGCGCCCGGCAAAGCGCCCGGCAAAGCGCCCGGCAAAGCGCCCGGCAAAGCGCCCGGCAAAGCGCCCGGCAAAGCGCCCGGCAAAGCGCCCGGCAAAGCGCCCGGCAAAGCGCCCGGCAAAGCGCCCGGCAAAGCGCCCGGCAAAGCGCCCGGCAAAGCGCCCGGCAAAGCGCCCGGCAAAGCGCCCGGCAAAGCGCCCGGCAAAGCGCCCGGCAAAGCGUCCGGCAAAGUGUCUGGCAAAGUUCCCGGCAAAGUGUUUGUUUGCAGCCAAGUCAAGAUUUUAGACAAGUAA